AUGGGACUUUGUGUUUCUAAGAAGCCACCAAACCUCAAGUCCUAUAAAAGUGAACAAGUUAUCUCAGUUGACUCCCUCAAAAUUAAGAAGCUCAAGAGAAAGUUACUCAAAAGGAAGGCAGAAAAGGCGCCUCAAUUAGAGCUAGGCAAGAACUUACUGUACCUGAGAAGGCAAAGGUCAACUAGCAGAACUGAAGAAACAUCAUACGAGGUACAAACAAAAGGCUUCACAGAAGAAAAUUCACCAGCAACAAAAAUUGAUUCAACUUAA